AUGAACCGCCUCUUCGGCUCCAAGCCCUCGGGCCCCAAACCCACCCUCACCGGCGCCAUCACCAACAUCGACACCCGCAUCGCCUCCAUCGACACCAAGCUCAAGGCCCUCAACGGCGAGCUCUCCGCCUACCAGGAGAAGCUCUCCAAGAUGCGCGACGGCCCCGGCAAGCAGGCCAUCAAGCAAAAGGCCCUCAAGGUGCUCCAGCGGCGCAAGGCCUACGAGGCCGAAAAGGACAAGCUCGAGGCUCAGGUCUGGAACAUGGAGCAGGCGCAGACCAUGCAGGACAACCUCAAGAACGUCAUGACCCAGGUCGACGCCAUGAAGACGACCAACAAGGAGCUGCGCAAGCAGUACGGCAAGAUUGACAUUGACAAGAUUGAGCGCCUGCAGGACGAGAUGGCGGACCUGCUGGACGUUGGCAACGAGAUCCAGGAGAGCCUGGCCAGGGGGUACGAUAUCCCCGACGAGGUCGACGAGGCCGAGCUCGAUGCCGAGCUCGAGGCCCUGGGCAUGGAGGCCGAGCUGGAGCAGGAGUAUGGCAGCGGUGCUGUGCCGGGCUUCUUGCAGGACGAGGUCGUGCCCGAGUUUGUUGACGAGCCGCCGCAGACGGAGGAGAAGGUGAAGCAGGCUGCGGGUUAG